AUGGCAUUGUCCGAGUCCUCAGGUUACGGGAUAAUUGCUGGUUCCGUGCUGUUUUUCCUCCUCGCUAGCUAUGCCACUCUCUUUAGCGCGGUGCUGCCAUUGACUGGCUUAUACGCCCUGGACGCGAUAGCACAGGACAAGCACUACAAGUACUUUAUUCUCCUUGCGAUACCCACAACCGCGUAUUUCAUCAUCGUGAAUUGGGUGGGGUGGCAAUACUACCAAAAUUCAUAA